CGCCCUUCUCACUCGUUGUGUACCGCGUUGACUCUGCCGAAAAUCGUUGGUGAAUCGUUAAAAAAAAAAAAAGAAAUGGACUUUGUUCAAGUAGGAUUGGUCAAAUUAGGAUGUCGCAACCAUUUUUUUAUCGAUGGCUUUCUGUUCGAAAAAAAGGGAAAAAGACAGGGCGCAAUGGAAUGGGCAUGCCUGGACAGCCCAGUCUGCUCAGCUCAUUUUUUGACCACGUGGGAUUUGACUUUCUUCGAUCUAACAUUGACUCACAAUCACGAGGCUCACGCAAUAUCAGAGAAAAUGGUUCAGAGUUGGCGUACAAUCGAACGGACCUAUUCUGGUAUUUACGAGGUAAACUUAUGCAGCAACCACGACAGCUGCCAAAUUUACCCAGCUGAAAUUUGGCUUACAGCGGUGUGAAAAAAAAACUAGUGCUAAGUCUGCGAAAUCAGUCAAAACGGCUCCUCAAGGCGUAAAACCGGCGAUUCCCAAAUCGCCCGCGAUAUAUUUGGAAGAGUGUAUGGAGAUUGCCUUAAUCAGUAGAGUUGGGCAUCCAGGUAGCAUGCCCAGCCUCGGAGGACAACCUGGUCAAGGGCCGCCCAACGGGCCGCCAAACGGUAGCGGCGGCGGCAGACCGGAUCAGCAGCAGCCGCCAGCUCCGCCGACCGGCUUCGCGCCCUCCGGUGGGCUGCAUCCGCCCACCAACAAUCAAAUGCAGCAGCAAGCUGCGGCGCAGCAGCGUAUGCAGCAACAAAUUAACGCGCAGCAGCAACAGCAAAGACAGCAACAG